AUGGUCAACGAGUCCACCAUUCUAUUGGAGCGUUCGACCGUUAUUUUCCUUUGUGAUGGUGCAGUUCCAUUGCAACGAGAUAAAUGUGUGAUCCAGUUGACUAGUUGUCGAGGACGGUCGGCCAUUUGCUACAAGUGGUCGGCGUUUGUCGAAAGCAAUCAACCAUUUUCUCCAAGUUACGAUAAAUCACAAAUCAUUGAAACAUAAUCCUAAAUUUAAGCCAUUUUCUUACAUCUAUAAUGUGAACUAUAUUACUAUUGACGAGAGAUAAAAUUCAUAACUUUGCACUUAAAUAAUAACACACAAUAUUUACAUCUAUAAUGUCCCUUUGCCCUCUCAGCGAUUACGCUGCUCCUCGUGAUGCAUUUGUAUUGGUGUUUGGUGCAUUCUUAUACUAAUAUUUUUGUUUUGUGGGUAAUGCGCAGGUGAUUGUCAGGAGGAUCAAUGUAAACGAUUCGUCGCACCCGGUGGAGCUAGCCCGCAAGAGAUUUCAGGUGUUGCAGACUUCUUUGCUUCGUGCAACGUUCCAUUUCGCUUCACGUAGGUAUAUUAGGGUUUGGCUAUAUCAUGCUAAAAAAAGCCCUCAAAGCGAUGUUUCAAACACCUGUCGACCAUCAUAUUUUUCUCAUUUAAAUUUUCUAACCUAAUCUUACUAGAUCUUGUAUAUUCUCGUAUCUACACUCUUUCCAUUCGAGAAUAACUAUAACAAAAAUAAAAUGAAAUAAUAAACACAAUCAACCACCAUACCGCACCCUUAUCUCCCUUCCCAUACGGGCACACUCCACUUUGGGUUUUUCCAAAACAAGGGGAGCCCCCAGGUCCACUUUUGAUUGGACAGCGAACUACCAGUGCAAUUGGGCGAGCAUCGCGGCCCCCCUUUGUAUCUGUGGUCCGUUCCCAGCAUCUGACGCAAAAGCGCCUGCUGAACUGACGAAGUCAUCACCCUUCGCCCAAGCCUCAGUCGUCAUCCGGUAAAGUCGUCGUGAGUGAGUGCAUCACAAGGCGGCUGAUAUCUUCUUAUCCCUUUGUUUCUUUCUGCCUCAUCUCAUUCAUCAACGAAUAAAUAAGGGUAGAUACAAUUUAAUAUCCAAACAUUUCAUUUUAAAUAAUAUAAUAGUCAAACCUUUUCGAAAACAAUCGUCCGUUUGACCGUUGGUUGACAUUUCAAAAAAGCUUUGUUUAGGGGAAAUUUCACAAUACAACUUUGUUUUCUUGUUUUGGCAUUGCAGAUGACUGAAUAUUUAGAUAUUCUAUACCAUCAUGGUGGAGUCAUGGACUUCUCGGGUUUGGAACCACAACAUGUUGGUGGUUUUUCAGAGAAGAUAUCGAUGGAUAUUGAUGAAACGUCGUACUUCGAACUUUUUUGAAGUGUCAACUAACGGCCAAACGAACGGAAAGUUGACGAUUUGGAUAUUAGAUUGUUUUCGAAAAGGUUUGGCUAUUAUAUUGUUUAAAAUGAAAGGUUUUGAUAUUAAAUUGUAUUUACCCAAUAAAUAAAUAAUUAAUCAGAAAAAAUAAUAUGGCAAAAAAUAAAAAUAGAAACGAAUAUCUCGGCUUUACUCUUUCUGUAGCAGAGCGGGCUCUCACUCACUCGCUGUAUAUCUAUCCACCUCUACACUCUCUCUGGCCUGCUUCUAAGUUCAACUGGGAGCUGCCUGCCGCCUUCGAUCUAAGCGAUUCCUCUCCUCCGUUUCUCCUCAGGUUAGUCUCUCUUCCUCUCUCCUCCCCUCUCUCUCUGCAAAUGCUCGAGAUUCUUCUCCAUUUUCAGUGUCUGUAUUCGUUCCGCUUCCGUUUUUGUGUGACGGUUCUCGCUUGGUACUGCGUGCGUCGCUGUUUGGCGGCUGAGAAAGUGACGGAAUCCGAACUCCGAUAGCGAGAUUUUGGUGGCGUUUGGCUUUCCCUUCGUACAUUCUGUUUUAUACCGGCUGUUCUUUUGGUUUUGUGCACUAGUGUGACGGUUGAUUGCUAAGUAAAAGUUUGUUUGUAUGCCGAGAAAGUGAUUGUGAAACUAUUUUUCCGUGCUAUUUCUUUCUCAUGCGUUUUCCUGCUACUCCGUCGCUGUAUUCAGGACUCUCUUUGGUUUUGACAGUUAUGGUUUUUUCAUCCGUGGUGCAAUUAAUUUGCUUUUUUUCCUGGAAACCAAACAGUCGAACGAUUGAGUGGUUUCUGCAAGUUACAUUGGUGAUUUUCGUCUUUAAUUACCUUCACUUAUGGUAUCAUAGUUUCAGAUCUGCAUUGUGCUUGGAUGAUUGUUUGGUUUGCAUGAAAGACUGAUAGUGAUUCGGUUGUAUCAAUUAGCUUCAAUUUUUCACAGUUUGUACAUACUUGACUGUUCAUAUCUGCACCAGAUCUGAUGGCUACCACUUACCAGUACUAUACCAGCUCCAUUAAAGCUAACUUAUCUUCUUGUCGUUAGCUAACUGCAUUACUGCAACCAGUGUUAUCUGUUUUUGACUUCUCAUUUUCAUGCUGCAUUGCUUCAUCCGUUAUUUUUUUCUCUUUUAAUGUUCUCUAUAAUGAAAGCGAGAUGAUAUCGAGAUCCAGAUUCAAGAUUGGUGAGUGUGAUAAAUGAAUGAUUGAUUUAUAAUGGCACAAAGCAUUGUUAUCCGCAGCAGGACUGGGACCACUUCACCCUGUUUGUUGAUAUUGAUUUUGGAUAGUUAAUGACAAUACUGCACAUGAAAACUUAAGACAUCAGUGGCUUCUUUUCGUUUUUCGUGUCUGCACUGUUGUGACCUCAACCAUAACUUGGAUUUCUGUGUUUUCUGGUUGCGUUACUUUUGUUGCAGCAGGUCGCAGGGCAUGGUUAAGUUGAUGCUAUUGUUUUAAUUAGUUGUGUGGUUGGUUGUGCUUCUGUAAAUGGAUUCAAUUUAGUUCAUCUUACUUAUUCUGGUGGAGAUGCUGAGAGCAGCAUCUUUACUCGGAUCAAUAUACUUAUCUGUGACAUAAGGCAAGGAGUUGGCUUUUUCAUAUUGAGGUUAUUCUGUUGAUCAUCAUGAAGUUUGUGUGAAUGGUUAUCAUGGCUGUCUUUGUGUUCACUUUCUCUUUUCAAGAUGCUUAUAGCUCUCUGAAGGUACUUAUGGUUAUCAUUUCUUUAUUGGAUAUUUUAAUUUAAUGAAGUCUUCUUUUCUUUUGGGUGUAGGUAUUAAAGAUAUCUUUGGAGAAGAAGCAGGAUGUCUGAUCUAGAAGUUCCUUUGACUGAGCGCCCGAAGAGGAAGAAGAUUUGGGUGGACUACUUUGUUAACUUCAGAUGGAUUAUAGUCAUCUUUGUUGUCCUCCCAAUCUCUUUCACCCUCUACUUCCUCACUUAUCUUGGCGAUGUCAAGUCCGAGAUGAAGUCCUACAAGAAGCGUCAAAAGGAACAUGAUGAAAACGUCAAGAAAGUUGUUAAGCGGCUCAAGGAAAGAAACGCAUCGAAGGAUGGUCUCGUCUGCACUGCUCGUAAGCCCUGGAUCGCUGUUGGCAUGCGAAAUGUUGACUACAAAAGGGCGAGACACUUUGAAGUUGACUUAUCUGCAUUCCGGAACAUCCUUGAAAUUGACACGGAGAGAAUGAUUGCUAAAGUCGAGCCACUUGUCAACAUGGGACAGAUAAGCAGGGCCACUGUGCCAUUGAAUGUUUCCCUUGCAGUAGUUGCUGAGCUGGAUGAUCUCACUGUUGGUGGACUCAUCAAUGGUUAUGGUAUUGAAGGAAGCUCUCACAUCUAUGGCCUGUUUUCCGACACUGUUGUGGCUUAUGAGAUUGUUCUAGCUGAUGGUCAGGUCGUCAGAGCUACCAAGGACAAUGAGUACGCUGAUCUAUUCUAUGCCAUCCCUUGGUCUCAGGGAACACUUGGGCUUCUCGUAUCUGCUGAGAUCAAGCUUAUCCAUAUCAAAGAGUACAUGAAACUGACCUACCAUCCUGUCAGGGGUAGCCUCAAAGAUCUUGCCCAGGGUUAUAUCGACUCCUUUGCACCCAGAGAUGGAGAUCAGGAUAAUCCUGAAAAGGUCCCAGAUUUUGUGGAGACAAUGAUAUAUAAUCCUCAUGAAGGUGUGAUGAUGACUGGUAGAUAUGCAUCCAAAGAAGAGGCCAAGCAAAAGGGAAACAAGAUCAACAGCGUCGGUUGGUGGUUCAAGCCGUGGUUCUACCAGCAUGCACAGACAGCACUGAAGAAAGGGGAGUUUGUGGAGUACAUUCCUACCAGGGAAUACUACCACAGGCAUACUAGGUGUUUGUACUGGGAAGGCAAGCUCAUUCUUCCAUUUGCUGACCAGUUCUGGUUUAGGUUUCUCCUCGGCUGGCUGAUGCCUCCUAAGGUCUCUCUGCUGAAGGCCACACAAGGUGAAGCAAUCAGAAACUACUACCAUGAGAUGCAUGUUAUCCAGGAUUUGCUUGUUCCUCUCUACAAGGUUGGCGAUGCACUGGAAUGGGUCCACCGUGAGAUGGAGGUAUACCCUAUUUGGCUCUGCCCUCACAAGCUCUUCAGGCUCCCUAUCAAAACCAUGAUCUACCCGGAGCCAGGAUUCGAGACCCAGCGCAGGCAAGGAGACACCUCGUAUGCUCAGAUGUACACCGAUGUCGGAGUGUACUAUGCACCGGGACCUGUCUUGAGGGGCGAGGUGUUUGAUGGAUCCGAGGCUGUUCGCCGGUUGGAACAGUGGUUGAUAGAGAACCAUGGUUUCCAGCCACAGUAUGCUGUCUCGGAGCUGAACGAGAAGAACUUCUGGAGAAUGUUCGACGGUGGGCUGUACGAGGAGACCAGGAAGAAGUACAAAGCUGUGGGGACGUUCAUGAGCGUGUACUACAAGUGCAAGAAAGGAAGGAAGACCGAGAAGGAGGUGCAGGAAGCUGAGCAAGCCCAGUUGGAGACUCCUUAUGCCGAGCUCGACCCGUAGAGGCCUUGGAUGGGAUUCUCUAUUGUUCUGAAACUGGAGCUUGGGAUUUCGACUUGCUUUACUGGAUUGUAUGUUUCGUUUAGGCGUUUUUAGUUGAUUUGAAGACUGUGCUUUGGACCUUGAGUUCUUCUGCUCUCCUCUAGUUGUUGUCCAACCUCUAAUCCUGUUUUUAGUUGCUGACUCUCAGGCUGAGUGUAUUAUGUUUUCCGGAUGCUGUGUACUUUACUACUUUUUAGUUUGUGGUAUGGAAAGUCUUCUGAUUCUCUGAAUCCAUAGCUUGUCUUGCUUUUCUUCCUUGUUAUAAGAAUUGAAGAGGAUCAACUGCUGAACUAGUAGAAUCGUCAAACCAAUUAUAAUAGCGGUCCGGUUCAUUGCUUGGAUGGUUAUUGAUGGACCAAAUGGUUUUUCACGAUCUAUUACAAAACCAAAUGAACCACCACGGUUUAA